AUGAAUGCGGCGGGAGUUGGCUGCGACGGCAGCAGCGGAGCCGCCGAAUUCGACGGCGGACGCGUGCUCGUCCUCGAUUUCGGCAGUCAAUACAGCCAUCUCAUCGUCAGAAGACUGAGAGAAAUUGGGGUCUACAGUGAACUGCGCCGAUGCGAUAUUGAUCUACAAGAAAUCAAGGUCUUCUCGCCAUCGGCGGUGAUUCUCUCUGGAGGACCCGCGUCAGUGUAUGAGCCGGACAGCCCGCACGUCUGUGCGUCUUUCUUCUCUUGGGCACACGCGGCGAAAGUUGCGGUGUUGGGCAUUUGCUACGGCAUGCAGGAGAUGUGCCACGCGAUGGGAGGCAAAGUCGAGGGCGGCGCGAAACGCGAGUUUGGGAGCACCUGGGUCCAGUUGCAUGUGGACGAUGCCGCUGGGACAGCCAGUGGAAACGCGGUCGCCCUCUUUGCGGGCAUUGAGGCGCAAGGCGCCGAUGAGCAGAGCGAGAGGGAUGCCAAGCGCCAGAAGAUAGCUCGCAAGGAGAUGCUCGUGUGGAUGAGUCACGGAGACAAAGUGACACAAAUCCCCCAAGGAUUCACGGCGUUCGCCUCGACUGCCACGUGUCCGUACGCGGCCAUCGGCGAUCCAGAGCGGCACUUUUACGGUUUGCAAUUUCACCCGGAAGUGACGCACACGCCUCAGGGAACGCAGCUGCUGAAGAACUUCGUCCUCCGCAUCGCAGGCCUCAAGUCGACGUGGACGAUGAAGAACUUCCUGCAGGCAGAGAUCCGAAAAAUCCAGGACAUCGUCGGAGACGCGCAUGUCCUGGGAGCUCUCAGCGGCGGUGUCGACUCCACCGUCGCUGCUGCUCUCGUCCACAAAGCCAUCGGCGAUCGGUUCCAUGGAGUCCUCAUCGACACGGGCCUCCUCAGGCAAGUGAAUGUGCAGGCGUUGGCAGGUGUCCGGGACCCAGAGAAGAAGCGGAAAAUCAUCGGAAGUCUCUUCGUGGACGAGUUCGUGCGCGUCGUCAACGAGAGAAAAAUCCAAACUUCCAACACUUUCCUGCUGCAAGGAACGCUGUACCCCGACGUCAUCGAAAGCUGCUCCUUCAAAGGCCCAUCGCAUACAAUCAAAACCCACCACAACGUCGGCGGUCUCCCCGAGAAGAUGCAUUUGAAGGUCCUCGAGCCUCUCCGCGAACUCUUCAAAGAUGAGGUGCGAGCUUUGGGACUUGAACUCGGCCUGCCGCACGAGCGCGUGUUUCGCCACCCCUUCCCAGGGCCGGGGUUGGCGGUGCGCAUUGUCGGCGAGGUGACGCCCCAACGGGCCAAAGUUCUGCAAGACGCGGACGCCAUCUUCAUCGAAGAAAUUCGCAAUGCAAAUCUCUACGACAAAAUUGCGCAGGCGUUUGUUGUGUUGUUGCCAGACUCACCCUCAGUGGGUGUGAUGGGAGACUGUCGGACGUACGAGUGGACAUGUGUGCUCCGAGCCGUGGAGACCACGGAUUUCAUGACAGCGGACUGGUUUCGACUCCCCUACGACGUCGUCGCCAGGGUUUCGACGCGCAUCAUCAACGAAGUCAAAGGGAUCAAUCGCGUCACCAUGGACGUAUCCAGCAAACCCCCAGCGACUAUAGAGUGGGAGUAA